AGUGACAGAUUUGGAAGCCAGCAGGGAUGCAAGCAGGAGCUCUUGCAUUCCAACUACUUAUACUUUCCUGUACAACCUCAGAGAUUUAGUUUACGUCUCACUGGCAUUUUUCUUCAACAGGAGCCACAUUUCUCUCUUUCUAAAAGAGGGAAGUUACUUGCCUGGGAUUAAAAGCAAUUUCAGAACAGCGGUAUAUUUACAACUUGACGUUAUAUAUUUAGCGCAAGACUCCUUCACAGAGAUUAUCCACUUUGCCUGAAGAUGCCGAGAAACAUGUAAGGAACCACCCUGAGGCUUCUCACGCCUGAUCCUUGGCUGGGGUUUCAUGGACCAGAAGGGAGGGUAAGGUAAUGACCAAGGCUGAAGGGAAACAGUAACAAAUGGUGGCAGCAGUGAAGAGGAGAUUAUAACAUUCGAUCUGAAUUGGAUUUUGUGACUCCUGGUGAAAACAUGAUGAGAAACGUGAAUUGCAAUGCCACCAUUGAUGAGUUCCGGAAUCAAGUAUACACUACAAUGUACUCUAUAAUCUCUGUAUUAGGUUUUUUAGGAAAUGGCUUUGUGUUGUGCAUCCUUAUAAGGGUGUACCAGGAGAAAACAGCAUUCCAGAUAUACUUGCUCAAUCUUGCUACUUCUGACCUGCUGUUUGUAUGUACACUGCCUCUACGGGUGGUAUACUAUGUUCACAAGGGCAACUGGUUUUUUGGCGACAUCUUAUGCCGGAUCAGCUCGUAUACCAUAUACGUCAACUUGUACUGCAGCAUCCUGUUCAUGACGGCCAUGAGCUUCUUCCGCUGCAUUGCCAUUGUUUCCCCCAUCCAGAACCUCCGGUUUGUAACAAAGAAAAAAGCCAUGCUGGUCUGCGGAGCCAUUUGGAUCUUUGUGACUCUGACAGGCUCACCAUUUUUGAUGAGAGGAGAAUACACAGACAAGAAGAGCAACAAGACCAAAUGCUUCGAGCCCCCAUCAUUUGAUGAAAUGACCAAGGUGGUGGUCUUGCAUUACAUUGCAUUAUUUGUUGGCUUCAUCUUUCCCUUUAUCACCAUCACCAUCUGCUACACCCUGAUCAUAAGGACCUUACGGAAAAAUUCUAUGCAUAAGAAAGAAGCCGCCCGUCGAAAAGCUGUCUGGAUGAUCAUCAUUGUCACCAUGACCUUCCUGCUGAGCUUUACUCCCUAUCAUGUCCAACGCACAGUCCACAUUCAUGUCAUGAUGAGGAAGAAUGCCAGCUGUGAGGAUACCCUCUAUAUGCAGAAAUGGGUGGUGAUAACGCUUUCCUUGGCAGCUUUCAAUUGUUGCUUCGAUCCACUUCUCUAUUUCUUCUCUGGUGGCAACUUCCGUAAAAGGCUUUCUACCUUUCGAAAGGGAUCAGCCUCCAGUGUGUUACAGGCGCACAGGAACAGGAUGUCCUUAAAGAACUUAGAUGACAAGCCAGCUAAAGAGAAGGCAAAAAAAGAGAUGGAAUUUCUUUGCAGAAAUUGCCUUUGCAGAAGCUGCCGCAGCCCUGAUAUAGCAGGAAGCUAGAAGAACUGACAGGCUGUAUUUCUUAAAUUAUGAGUGUGGUAAUGCAAGGCAACCCGGUACAGGCAUGGCCCCUGGACUCAUGCCAAUACCUUUUCAGCAGUCAUACCAAUUCGAGGUGCAAAUCCUAUGCCUCAGUUGCGUAUCCUGUAUGCAAUGAUGGUUUAACUGAUGUGUGAGAGGAUUUCUCUUAUAUAUUUGCCACAUUUAUAUCCCACCUUUCCUCCAAAAUCUCAGUGAAGUGUAUAUGGUUCUCUCCUCCCUCUAGUUUGUCCACACAGUAACCCUGUGAGGUAGGCAUAUAGAGGUCAGGGCUGUGACGGCACAUGGGUGGGACAUAAGAACAUAAGAGCCUGCUGGAUUAUGCCAGAGGCUCACCUAUUCAUAAGAGCCCUGCUGGAUCAGGCCAGUGGCCCAUCUGGUCCAACAUCCUGUUCUCACAGGGACCAACCCGAUGCCCUUGGGAAGCUCCCCAAGCAGGACCUGAGUGCAAUAGGGCUCUCCUCCAUUGUGAUUCCCAGCAACUGGCAUUCAGAAGCAUACAGCCUCUGGCAGGUAGAACAUCAACAUUGUGGAUUUGUGCUACUGGGGCUUCCACUUCUCCCCAACCUCAGCAACACCUUGCCCAAUCCCUGCACCAUCCUGGUAAGCAGCAGCAAUGCCAUUGGCGGGAGGCUGGCAAUGUGGCCCCGCCCCAUCUCGCUAGCCACUCUUAGUGUCUCACACAAGGAACUUGCCAAGAAAUGUUUGUGUGGAGUCAAUGCUGAAGGGCAAACUAGGGCUAAGACAACGGUUUGUUGCAAGUUAAAUUAAGACAGUGCAAUUCAUCCUUGUGCAACAAUCAUCAUCAUGGCCUAGUCAUCAGGAAGUGGCUGGUAAAUGACCUCCUCUGAGAAUGGGUAACGUUAACCUUUCACAUGCCAAAAGGAAACUUUUUCCCCCAAGUUGUAAGAGUUAAGUGUGCCUCCCACUUUCAUGAAAAAGUUGUUGCGUGUGCAACUGACCAACAAAAGCAGGUGGGGAGGAAUCAUCUGCCUGAAGUCUGGGAAAUGCUGUGCUACAGAGUACGGAGUUUAGAGUAUUUACAAAAAGGGAAAACAUUAGCAACUGGCUGUUCUAUAAGAAGCAAGUGAGAUCUGCAAGAAAAUAGUGCUGUGUGUCCCCAGCUCCUAACACAGGGAAGGCGAAUCUGUAGCCCUCCAGAGGAUGCUGGUAUCCAACUCCCACUCGCAUCAGCCUCAGCCAGCAUGGCCAGUGAUCAGGAAUGAGGGGCUAGCAGUCCACCACUGGGAAGGAGACAAGCUCCCCCUUCUGCCCUAAAGAGAGUGCCCCUAUCUGGGUCUCUCCAGACAACCUGGAACAAGAGCCUUACCGUGCAGAUCAGAUUUCAUAGGGAGAGUGAGGGAAAGGACAAAUCUCUCCCAUGGCCUCUCUCUGUAGUGUUAGAGAGCUCUAGUUUAGGGGAUGACUGCCAAUCCCUACCCUGAAUAGUUUACAUCUAUGGCUGGAGGGCAGUGAGGUCUUUUUUCCUUUUCUUCCUCCAGAAACUUAUAUUGCAGGGAAGGAAGUUGUUUUAACCACGAGUGUGUAUUCCUCACCCACCCCAGCUUUAAUCCUACCAUCCAGGAUACUUAGGGCUCAUCUACAUGGGAGCAUUUCUUCAUAGCAAAUACUCUGCUUUUACCUUCCUCACAGUUGCACCAUCCACAGUUGGUGCUUAAUGGCAGCUGCAAAUCAUUAUUAUUUGCAUUUACACAAUAUAUGUUCCUUUAUUAAGGACCAAACACUCUGUUUCCUAGUGGCCCCUGCCUCUGAUCUUGCAGUUACACUCCCUCUGGUUACUAGGGAACUGGGCAUGCACUUGACCCCUCCUCUAAAAGCCACAAUACAACCUGGGAAAGAAAGUACAGUUAACACUGAAGUGCAAUAGUGCAAUAGGGCUCUCCUCAAUUAUUGCUGCUUCUUUGUAUUUAUGAUUCAGAGCCAUCAACCACACAGUAUCUUUGGUUUGUUUAGGCUGCAGAGAGUGUGCCCUGUUGCAAAUUUGAUGGCUCUGCAGACUUGCAUUCAAUUGCAAAAGACAAAGAAGGCGGAGAUUGCCUGCCCGCCUGGUCAGUUACAUACUAGCAAAGUGAACCAUCAGGCACCUCUUGUCUGCUGAUGCUGAGGGCACUGGCUUUGGUUGGUAGUCUCCCCUCCCUCCGUCCCUCCCCUGUUAGCUAGCAUUUUACCCCUCCCCCCAGCAAAGACAGUUCUAGUCAGUUUCUCAGUCACAUUAGUACAGCAAACAGACAGCAAAGACAUCAGUUCAAAAUAUUUGCAGCAGCUUUUUAAAAAAACAAAUCCCAAUGUUGGGGAACAGCCAUGGAAACUCACAGUAUAAAGUUCAGUUUGCAGUAGAUGGCAAAUGUGGAAACUACCCCAGGAUGAACAGAGCAUAUAAUUCUGUUGCUUUGUGUGUACAAUGUUACAGAUGUGCGCAAAUAAAAAUGAUGGUGUGGCUCUUCUGAGCACAGCUGUUGGGUAAACCAUAGGAAAUGGAAUGGAAUUCACGGGAGGGACAGUGGGCGGGGAAAGGGGAGUAGCAGAGAGUGACGAUUCACCCUCCCACUAAAAAAAAUCGGAGCAAAGCGUCUUCCACCACUAGAGAAAUGGAGUGGAGACUUUUUUUCCUCUCCUUUUCGUAUUAUCAGCUGAUUGGGUUAGCUCAGUGUUCUUUACACUGACGGGCAGCAACACUCCAGGUUUUCAGACUGGGGCCUCUCCCAGCCUUACCAAGAGAUGCUGAGGAUUGAUCCUGGGGUCUUCUGCAUGCUAACCAUGUCUUCCGCCACUGAGUUAUGACCCUUCUCGCUAGCAGUGCUCCACAUGGCAGGUGCCACAUUUAAACACCUCUUGCACUCUCUUUGCAUUGGCUGAAAUGCACACAGUAUCUCCAGGCAGGUACUGCACAGCCAUAACAACUCCUGAAACCAGUGGAGAAUUAAGACCUGGUGUGGUUAGAGCCUUGAACUAAGAUCAGGGAGGCCGAGAUGAGGAACAGAUUAUCUUGACCCAUUCCAGUCUGGGUUCAGGCCUGGUUAUGGGACUGAAUCGGCCUUGGCCACCCUGAUGGAUGACCUUUAUCAGGAGAAAGACAGGGGGAGUGCAACCCUGUUACUCUUACUUGGGCUCUCUGCGGCUUUUUAUACCAUUGACCAUGGUAUCCUUCUGGGCCAACUUGGUGAGAUGGGUAUUGCAGGCACUGUUUUACAGUGGUUCUGAUCCUAUCUCCAAGGUCGCUGCAGCUGGUGCAAAAUGCACCUGCAAGACUGCUCACUGGGGCAGAGUAUCGUCAACAUGUCACCCCACUGCUGAAAGAAUUGCAUUGGCUACCUAUUAUCUACCAAGUUAAGUUCAAGGUUCUAGUUUUGAUGUACAAAGCCCUAUACAACUUGGGACCAGAAUACCUGAAAGACCAUCCCUUAUAUACCCAGUUGAUCACUGCACUCUGCAGGGGAGGGUCUCCAUCUUAUCACGAGGUCUGUUCUGCACAGGAAGCGGAUCUUUAGUCUUGUGGCACCUUCCCUUUGGAAUUCCCUCCCCUUAGAUAUUAGACAGUCACCAUCUCUGUUAUCUUUUCGGCACCUACUGAAGACCUUCCUCUUUCAACAAGCCUUUUAAGUAGUGACUUUAUCCCAGUCUGCAUCUGUGUUGGAAUUGCUUUUUAAUAUGUUUUUAAACCUUUUUUUAAAAAAUAUGUGUGUGUGUGUGUUUUAAAACCUUUUUUUAAAGAUUUUUAAAAAAAUGUUUUUAAAGAUGUUUUGUUUUAAUAUAUUUUAAAGUCUUGUUUUUAUGAUAUUUUAAAGUGUUUUUAGUGCUUUUGUUUGCUGCCCUGGGCUCUUGCUGGGGGGAAGGGCAGGAUAUAAAUCAAAUAAUAAAUGAAUAAUAAAUAAAUAAACAUAGGAAGCUGCCUUAUACUGAGUCAGACCAUUGGUCCAUCUAGAUCAGUGUUGUCUACUCUGACUGGCAGUGGCUUGCCAGGAUUUCAGGCAGGGGUCUCUGCCAGAUCUACCUGGCAAUGCCAGGGAUUGACCUUGGGACCUUCUAUAUGCAAGGCAGAUACUCUACCACUGAGCUACAGCCCUUUCCCACAUAUGGAGCUGCUUUGUUCUGAGUCAGACUAAUGGUCCAUCUAGCUCAGUACUGUCUACUCUGACUGGCAGUGGCUCUCCAGGGUUUCAGGCAGGGGACACUCCCAGCCCUACCUGGAGAUGCCGAGGAUUAAAUCUGCAAAGCAGCUGCUCUAGCGCCCUUUUCCAUGAAGGGCCCGCUUCUGCUUCCGCAGGGAUUGUGGACCCCACCAAUACAAAAUGUAAAAAUAAGCAAAGUUCCUAAUGAACAGAACUUCAGGUUAUCCUAGCUACAGCAUUGUUCUCACCGCCGGUCAGUACAUUUUAAAGGGGGCAGCCAAGAAGCGGGAUUGAGAGCGGAGCUAGACCCUUCUUGCUGCCAGACUCCAAUUCUGUCUGCUAGACAAAACACUAAAAAGCAGCAAUCCUUGUAGCUCAAUGGUACAGCAUUUGCUUUAACGCAGAAGGUCACAGGCUCAAU